GACAUUUUGAGCUGCUGCGGUCUCUCCGGUUCGUUAUUCGUGUGUCAGCCUAAAGUCAGGGCUGACGUGCUGGAGAUUCUCCAGACUUGAGAGCCAUAAGUUCGUGAAAAAAAGACGAGAUUCAACAAAACAGUUGUAGUUUAAACAGCGUAUGUGUAUAUAACAGCUAACUUAGCUUAGCGCCUGAAACUACAAAAGCUAGCAGAGUCCUAGAUGCUAGUUAGUUAGCAUCACCUAGCUGGCCUGCCCUCCUCCUCCACCUCCUCCACCUCGACAGCCGGUCCCUUCACGCAGACACAAUGGCUUUAAAACGAAUUACCAAGGAGCUAACCGAUCUGUCCAGAGAUCCUCCCGCUCAGUGCUCCGCUGGACCCGUCGGGGAAGACAUGUUUCAUUGGCAAGCUACUAUUAUGGGUCCUCCUGACAGUCCCUAUCAAGGUGGCGUAUUUUUCCUGACUAUUCAUUUCCCUACAGAUUAUCCCUUCAAACCACCCAAGGUCGCCUUCACAACAAGAAUUUAUCACCCAAAUAUUAACAGUAACGGCAGCAUCUGCUUGGAUAUUUUGAGAUCACAGUGGUCUCCUGCAUUAACUAUCUCUAAAGUCCUUUUGUCCAUUUGUUCUCUGUUAUGUGACCCGAACCCUGACGACCCGCUAGUGCCAGAGAUCGCCCGCAUCUACAAAACAGACCCUGUUAAGUAUAGCAGACUAGCGAGGGAGUGGACAGAGAAGUAUGCCAUGCUGUGAGCGGUACAACAAGACGGCUCAGGACUGGACUCAGAAAUACGCCAUGUGACCCUUCUUCUUCUUCUUCUUCUUCAUCUUCUCACUGCUGGAAAAAAAAUUGAUUUUCUCAUGUGCCCCCCUCACUCCCUCCCUCCCUCCUUUCCCUCCCUCCCUCCCUCCCUCCCUCCCGCUCAUCAGCCAAUAACAGCAAUUUGUUCAUAAUUUCCUUUGGGGGGUUUUUGUCCUAAAUGCUUUUAAAUUCUUAAUUUCCUCUGCUUUUCAAAAUAAAAGUUAAGAAAGUUAAAUAAGGACCGAGGACUCUGAGCUGUGAAUGUGCCAACUGUCGAAAAAACGAAAGCCGAGUGGAGCGACGAGAGAACCGUUAACAGUAAAUAAUAAUUUAAUGCAUGUCAGUGAUUGGUUCAUUCACGUGCUGCUGAGAGAGACAAAGAGACGACGGCUUUAUUCAGGCUGUUGUUGAGUCCGGGGUCGUCGGUAGUUCAUCACCAACACUGUUCUCCUGGUUUUGCACUGAAGAUGAAACUCAAAGCUCUCAACGGCUGAUUGAUCAACUCAUAGCUCUGUGACGGGUUUUUAUCAAUAAAGAUCAACAAAUUGCAGAUU